CUCCCAACCCUUCAAAGCCCUCAAAAUGCCCGGUAUCCGUAAACUACCAUUUUACCCGACGGUGCAAUAAGGCCUGCGGCUUCUGUUUCCACACCGCGUCUUCCUCGCAAACAUGAAGCGGGCCCUCACCCUCCUCAAAGACGCAGGCAUGCGGAAGAUCAACUUCGCUGGCGGCGAGCCCUUCCUCUACCCGGCUAAACUGGGCCAGAUGGUCGACUACUGCAAGGAGACCCUCCGCCUGGAAUCCGUCCCCAUCGUCACCAACGGGAGCCAAAGUGACGGAGCGUCGGUCAACAUCGCCAUCGGUCGUGGCUCCGGCACCCAGGUCACCAAGCUCUACGAGAUCCGGGACCUCUGCCGGGCGUAUGGAAUCAAGUUCAAGCUCAACACCGUCGUCUGCCAUCUCAACUUCAAUGAGGAUAUGAAUCGUUUCAUCGAGAAGCUGCAGCCGUUCCGCUGGAAGUGCUUCCAGGUUCUGGUAGUCCCGGGGGAGAAUGACUCGGAACGGCGGCUUCGCGAUGCCCACAGGUUUCUGAUCCGGGACAAGGAGUUUUCUCAUUUCUGUGAUGUCCAUCGCGGACAGAGAGCAUUUGUACCCGAGUCGAAUGCGCUCGUGCGAAACGGUCGCGAGCCGUCGCCUUCGAUACUGGAAGUCGGGGUGCAAAGGGCACUUGAGAGUGUCUAUUGGGACGAGAAGAGCUUCAUCUCGAGGAGUGGGAUGUACGAUUGGUCGAGAGAUCAAAAGUCCUGUUCGGAUACCCAUAGGGAUUUAGAUUGGUAG